AUGGCCUGGUGGAAAGCAUGGAUCGAACAAGAAGGUGUCUCGGUGAAGGGCAGUCCCCACUUCAACCCAGACCCUGACGCGGAGACCCUCUACAAAGCCAUGAAGGGGAUUGGGACCAAUGAGCAGGCCAUCAUCGACGUGCUCACCAAGAGGAGCAACAUGCAGCGGCAACAGAUCGCCAAGUCCUUCAAGGCUCAGUUUGGCAAGGAUCUCACCGAGACCUUGAAGUCAGAGCUGAGUGGCAAGUUCGAGAGGCUCAUCAUGGCCCUCAUGUAUCCACCAUACAGAUAUGAAGCCAAGGAACUAUAUGACGCUAUGAAGGGCUUAGGAACCAAGGAGGGUGUCAUCAUUGAAAUCCUGGCUUCUCGGACCAAGAACCAACUGCGAGAGAUAAUGAAGGCCUAUGAGGAGGACUAUGGGUCCAACCUGGAGGAAGACAUCCAAGCAGACACCAGCGGCUAUCUGGAGAGGAUCCUCGUGUGCCUCCUGCAGGGCAGCAGAGAUGACGUGAGUGGCUUUGUGGACGCAGGACUGGCCCUCCAAGAUGCCCAGGAUCUGUUCGCAGCGGGCGAGAAGAUUCGCGGCACUGAUGAGAUGAAAUUCAUCACCAUCCUAUGCACACGCAGUGCCACACACCUGAUGAGAGUAUUUGAGGAGUAUGAGAAAAUCUGCGGCAAGAGCAUUGAGGACAGCAUCAAGAGUGAGACCCACGGCUCACUGGAGGAGGCCAUGCUCACUGUGGUGAAGUGUACCCGGAACAUCCACAGCUACUUUGCAGAGCGACUAUACUAUGCCAUGAAGGGUGCAGGAACCCGUGAUGGCACUCUGAUAAGAAACAUUGUCUCCAGGAGUGAGAUUGACUUAAAUCUUAUCAAGGGUCAGUUCAAGAAGAUGUAUGGCAAGACCCUCAGCAGCAUGAUCAUGGAAGACACCAGUGGUGACUAUAAGAAUGCCCUGUUGAACCUGGUGGGCAGCGACCCCUGAUAUCUUAGAAGAAUAGGAACAAAGGCCAAGAAGCCCGAGUCAUGGAUCCUGCUUGCUUAAUCUUGGCCUGGGUUGGGGGGCGGGAUGGGCACAGCAAGCCUUUCAGUCUUCUAUCUCCAGCCUCUGAUGCUUUGUGUUCGGGCUUUCUGAGGGAGGGAGCAGCCUGAGAUUUCUCCCUCUACUGUCUUUCUAGGCCAAUUUCACCUUCACAUUUCUCAUCACUGAGUGUAUCUCAGGACCAACAAAUGUCUCAGCUGGAAGGUGUCUGCUCUAGUUCUUGUUCCUUCCUCCCAACACAGGAACUCCUCCAAGCUUGACUAGUCAAGAGUCACUGGGCACAGGUGGCUCAGAAUCUGAACCCACCUUCACCUACUAAUCUGGAGGAGAAAGGAGCAGGGAAUAAUGAUUUAAUAAGCAUCUCAGCUUCUCUUCUCACUGUCUUGGCAGCUGUGAAGAGAACACAUGUUAUUUUGGGCCACUAGUUGUCCCUAAUAUGAUUCUUCAGAUUCAUCUAAAUACCUUUGGAAACUGGUAGAAGGUAACUUCUCUCACCAACCUACUAACCGAACAAUGUCCUGACCCCUGACACUGAGAUUCUGUGUUCCAGGCUGCCCAGGCUCCUCUCGGCUCUGAUCAAAUUAGC